AUGUCGAUGACAGAUCUGUUGAAAGCUGAGGAGAUCAAGAAAGCUCUGGAAGCCUUUGUAGGAGUAACGUUCGACCCGAAAAAGUUCUUUGAAUUGGUGGGAAUGAAGGCGAUGUCGGCCGAGAAGGUGAAGAAGGUCUUCCAGGUUCUGGAUGUGGACGGUAGCGGCUUCAUAGAGGAGGAGGAGCUUAAGUUUGUACUGAAGGGCUUCUCCGAGGAGGGCCGAGACCUCACCGACUCUGAGACAACAGCGUUCCUCAAAGCCGCAGACAAAGACGGAGACGGCAAGAUCGGCAUUGAUGAGUUCGAGACCAUGGUGCAUGAGUAGUGACCAGCUGAACACCUCCCUUCCUCCUCCUCCUCCUCUUCAUCCCUCAUAUUUAGUAACUGCCACCUUCACACACCCCCCCCCCCCCCCCCCCCCCCCCACCACGUGGAGUCAGACCUGCCCCCCUACAGCAGCAGGCCAGCAGGGAGUCACCAUGAGGACUCCAGGCUCCACUGUCCUUUCAUUGAGUUCAUUUAGACUUAUUGACACAUGCUGUUUGGGUUUUAGAAUCAUUCUUAAUGAUUUCAUGGAGAUUGUUUGUGGUCUGAAAACAACAGGUGGUACUAGUGCUGUAGAUGGUGUAGAUGUUAAUCUUAAUUUCCUUCCUCCGUGUAUUUCAGGUUGUGCAUUUUGUCUUAUUUUACUUCUAGAUGUUCACAUAUCAGUUCCUCCCCCUCCUCCAGCCUCCCUGCCUCCGAUCAGAUGAUGUAGUAAAUAAAAGAUAUAUAAAGGAGAGCUGUGAAGAGAGAAAGCUCUGAGUAAGAAGUGAUAAUAAAAAACCUUGAGUAAUAA